CAGCGCAAGGCCCAUUAAUAACAAACAAAAGCCAGCAAAACCAUAACAACAACAACCACAGCAGCAGCAACAACAAGCACUGCACGCUUUGACGUUGGGGAAAAACCUCUAAGCUUGAAAACCAAAUUCAGUCGAGAGCCAGCCUUCAGUCAGCACAGCAGUUAGCUUUUGUCGUGUUGCGACUAUUUUGAUUUUCGGUCAUUACGAGCUUGAACCGGUUACUUUUGCAACGACCAUCACGCCCCGCCCGCGCUAAUAAAAAUUUAAGAUAAAAUACAGAAAAAUAUAAACAAAUACGAAUACCAAAUGCCGUACAUUAUCAUUCGCGGCAAUCUAGCCUCCUACAGUCACAAAUAUCCAUGGCGUGUACUCGUCUCUGGAUUGAAAGCUGACGAUAUUGAACAGUUGAACAAAUUUUCCUGCGGCGGCUACAGUGAUGAGUCGACGAUUGUGUAUCUAGUGCAUCCGUGUCGCAUUUUAUCAGCGCUAGAGAUUUUGGGCUUUCGCGUUGUGGCCAGCUCAUCGACAGCAGUGAAACAGGACUAUAACGAAUAUAUGUGGACUAUGCGCAAGGAGUUUGACGAACCUGAACCCGAGUCUGAAAGCGUAUCCGUUGUCCGCGAGAAUUUAUCAAAUAUUGGUCGCGAGGCGGCAAGUUUAGGCAAUUAUCACAAGGUUGAUUCGCCCGAGUAAAUUUCGUUUUUGCAAUCAAUUUGUUAAUAUCUUCAGAUUUUACUUAUUUACUUAGUUGUGCGUGUCUCUGUAUAUGUGUGUGUGUCUGUGUGUAGGAGAGUGAUUGUGUUUUUGUAGAAAUAACUAUAGCAACCU